UCUUUAUUCUUGCCUCUUUAUUUUCGCACAGCUUAUUGUUGAUACUUAUUACCCGACAUCGGGACCUCCUCACAGUCGACUAACGCACAAGCCCACUUUUGAGGAAAAUAACCUCGAUGAUGGAGAUUGACCAGAACCUUGAAGAGUAUUUCCGCCUAAACACGGCCCAGCUGCUUCGCAGCGACGAUGACACAGACAACAACACCGGCGUUGAUGAAGCUAACGGUAACGUAUUCGGUCGCGUUUCAGCCUUCUUCCGCCGCCUCUCUUGUUGUUGCUAUUGAUUGUUUAUUAAACCUCGCCUUGCUCUCCUCUUUUUCCUCUCCCUGUAGAAAACUGGUCAGAUGUCGACGACGCCAGUGUGGCUGAUGAUGGCGAUGCGAUUCAGCAAAAGAAGCGCAUCCUCCGCUACGGGCGCAACAAGCUGGCUACCAUGCGCG